GAUAAUACUGUAUAGUUUUGGUCCAAACUCCGAACCACUAACUAAAGAUCUGACCAUUUUGUUCAUCCGACCACUUCAAGUCAACAAGAAAAAAUGAUCAGAUUAACAAUUUCUUUGUUUCUAUUUGUUUUAUGCUCUUUUACAACAUCUGCGAGAUCAUUCAUCACCACAGAACCUCUUCCGAAUGAUUCGUUUCUCCCUAAACCAAAGCUAGAGGGUGCGGGUGUGUGUUCGUACACGGUGAUCAUUAAAACAAGCUGUUCCUCGGUGUCUUACACUAGAGAUAAGAUCAGUAUUGCCUUUGGUGAUGUCUACGGCAACGAGGUGUUUGUGAAGAGACUAGACGAUCCACACUCGAGGACUUUUGAAAAGUGUUCUUCAGACACAUACAAGAUAUCAGGACCGUGUAUGCGUGACGUCUGUUACCUCUACCUCCUCAGGCAAGGAUCCGACGGCUGGAAACCAGAGAACGUUAAGAUCUACGGCUCGUCCAUCAGAUCUGUCACUUUCUACUACAACCUCUUUUUGCCUAACUCUGUUUGGUACGGCUUUAAUGUCUGCAAUGGCAUUGCCAAUACCAAGUCUUCUCAGCCCAUCAUCACCGCCUCCGUCGCAGCUAUGUAAGAUUGAUUAACUAAUUAUUGAGCAAGGACUUGUGAGUAUCUGUGGAUUCCCAGUUUUAUGGCAGAAAACAUAUGGAGAGAGAAGUACAAUUGUGUUUAUCUCGUUCGAGUGUGUAUUUGUUAGAAAACAUGUAUGUUGAUGCUUUUAUUUGAUGGUCUCUGGCAUAGCUUUGUUAUAAAUAAAAU